AUGUCAAAUCUUACGUAUUAUUCAACAUUAGGUUAUUAUGCAGUUCGUGUUGGCCAUAAACCAGGAAUUUACUUGUUACUGGAACAAUGUAAACAACAGAUUCAUAAAUUUCCUGGUGCCUUGUAUAAAAAAUUUAGUACGAGACAGCAGGCUGAAGAUUUUAUGAAACCAAUAGAUACUAAAGACAAAUUAUCAGUUUGGACUGAUGGUUAUUGCUACAAUUGUGAAGAAAAAAAUGGUAAAAAACAAUAUUUAGGAAAAUUAAAUUCAAUCGCUGGAGUGGGUGUAUUUUUUAAAGAUAAUGAUUCUAGAAAUCUGUCUAAACGACUUCCUGGGAAAAUUCAAACAAAUAACCGAGCUAAAUUUAUGCCGCUAUUCAUGCAUUAG